CAGGCACCCCGCUCCUCCGCCGCCGCCGCCGCCGCCACCACCACCGCCACCGCCACCGCCACCGCCGCCGCCUUUUCUUCCUCGUCCCGGGCUGUCCACGCCACUGAUCUGGGGCCGGCGUCGCUCCCAGUCCCGCUUUGGGCCGCGGGCCCACCGCUCCCUUCUCCGGGCCGGGGCGCCGCACCGCCCGCUCCCGCCGCCGCCUCCCCCGCCGCCCUCCUAGCCAGCAGGAAUAGCGCGGCCACAGCGCCGCUCGCGUCGCCUGCAUCCGCGCCGCCCGCUGCCGCUCGGCCCUCGGCACAGCUCCGGGUCCCGGUUCCCGCUGCCGCCUAGCAGCCCGCGCGGCCAGGGCGCUGCCCACCCCGCGCCACCCUGUCCCCGCCACAGCCGCUUCACUCGGUCCCAGUCUCCCUUUCCCGGGGUCUAGACAGCCCCUUCCUGCUGCCCCUGCAGGCACCGUCGACUCCGGAGGAGCGUGUCUAUCGUGGGUCACCAUGCCCAGCAAAACCAAGUACAACCUUGUAGACGAUGGGCACGACCUGAGGAUCCCUUUGCACAAUGAGGACGCCUUCCAGCACGGCAUCUGCUUUGAGGCCAAGUAUGUAGGAAGCCUAGAUGUGCCGAGACCCAACAGCAGGGUGGAGAUUGUGGCUGCCAUGCGACGGAUCCGGUAUGAGUUUAAAGCCAAGAACAUCAAGAAAAAGAAAGUGAGCAUUAUGGUUUCUGUGGAUGGAGUGAAAGUGAUUCUGAAGAAAAAGAAAAAGCUUCUUUUAUUGCAGAAAAAGGAGUGGACAUGGGAUGAGAGCAAGAUGCUGGUGAUGCAGGACCCCAUCUACAGAAUCUUCUAUGUCUCUCAUGAUUCCCAAGACUUGAAGAUCUUCAGCUAUAUUGCUCGAGAUGGUGCCAGCAACAUCUUCAGGUGUAACGUCUUUAAAUCCAAGAAGAAGAGUCAAGCUAUGCGAAUCGUCCGGACAGUGGGGCAGGCCUUUGAGGUCUGCCACAAGCUAAGCCUACAACACACACAGCAGAACGCAGAUGGCCAAGAAGAUGGGGAAAGUGAGAGGAACAGCAAUGGCUCAGGGGACCCAGGCCGCCAGCUCACGGGAGCUGAAAGAGCAUCCACUGCCACUGCAGAGGAAACUGACAUAGACGCAGUGGAGGUCCCACUCCCAGGGAAUGAUAUCCUGGAAUUCAGCAGAGGUGUGACUGACCUGGAUGCUGUAGGAAAGGAAGGCACCUCCCACAUGGACUCCAAGGUCUCACCUCAUCCUCAGGAGCCCACACUGACAGCUUCACCCCGUAUGCUGCUACCUUCUUCUUCCUCAAAACCACCAGGCUUGGGCACAGGGACGCCAUUGUCCACCCACCAUCAAAUGCAGCUCCUCCAGCAGCUCCUCCAGCAACAGCAGCAGCAGACACAAGUGGCUGUGGCCCAGGUUCACUUGCUGAAGGAUCAGUUGGCUGCUGAGGCUGCAGCUCGGCUGGAGGCCCAGGCUCGCGUGCACCAGCUUCUGCUACAGAACAAGGACAUGCUCCAGCACAUCUCCCUGCUGGUCAAGCAGGUGCAGGAGCUGGAGCUGAAGCUGUCAGGACAGAACGCCAUGGGUUCCCAGGACAGCUUGCUGGAGAUCACCUUCCGCUCUGGAGCCCUGCCUGUGCUCUGUGAUCCUACAACCCCCAAGCCAGAGGACCUGCACUCUCCGCCAUUGGGCGCGGGCUUGGCUGACUUUGCCCACCCAGCGGGCAGCCCUUUAGUUGACCACAGCAUGUUUGAGAAUUUGAACACAGCCCUCACUCCGAAGCUCCAGUCAAGCCGUUCCUUUCCCCACCUGUCCAGACCUGUGGCCCCCAGUUCAUCCACCACCCUAGGUUCUUCAGAGCCUGGUGGGCCAGGAGUGAGGGUGGGGAGCAGCCAGCAUCUCAAGAACCUAGGCAAAGCCAUGGGGGCCAAAGUUAACGACCUCCUGAGGAGAAAGGAGCCCUCUAGCCUCAACAGUGUGGGCGUGAUGGAGAUCAACAAGACUGCGGGGGCUCAGCUGGCUGGUGGGGCUGACGUGACAUCAGGGGCCUGGCUGGAGGAUGAAAGAUCAGUCCAGGAGGCCUUUCCUCGCCUGGAUCCUCCACCUCCCAUAACAAGGAAGCGAACACCUAGGGCCCUGAAGACCACCCAAGACAUGCUGAUAUCGUCACAGCCCGUCCUCAGCAGUCUGGAGUAUGGGACAGAGCUGUCACCUGGGCAGUCCCAGGACUCCCCUCUCACUGUCCAACCUGCCCCAACAGAUGCUUCACAGCCAGAGGCCACCAUGGAAAUGGGAGAUAGGGGCGAGGUUCUGCCCAAUGGCGAAGUGUCCCUAUCGGUGCCUGACCUAAUUCACAAGGACAGCCAAGAUGAAUCUAAGCUAAAGGCAACUGAGCACAGAAGAGCCUCCUCCCCUGGCCUCAUUGAGAGGAAUGGCCUCAAACUCAGUGUGAGCCCAAUCAGCCUGGCUGAGUCCUGGGAGGACAGCAACCCCCCUCCUCAGGCACGGACCUCCAGCCUUGACAAUGAGGGCCCUCACCCAGACCUGCUGUCCUUUGAGUAGACCUGUUCUCUUCCCUGCCAAGCAUCCCUCUUCCCUCUGCUUUCUCCUCCGUUGUGCACACAGGCCCUGGCCCUAGCUCUACAGUGCCCUUUGUCUUCCUUGUACAAGGCACCAGCAGAAAGCGGAUCUCCACACAAGAUGUUGCAGGGUUAAAAAUCCACAAGUAGUUCUAGUUGAAGAAUCUAUCUGCUGAAUGGCAAAAGGACUGAGGUGCCAUCCUUGAUCCUAAUUUUCUGUAAGCUCCUCUAGAUGUUGAUUGUAGCCCAGGGAUACUAGAACUCUUUCACCCACAAGCUUGUUCCAGCUUCCUAUUGAAUUAUAGGGCCAUCAUCUCAGAAAUGAUGAAUCUUCAUCAGGACUUCUCUUUCCCUGUCUCCUAUAUGCUGCCUGCUUUUCCUCACCCAAACCCUGAUUCCUCUCUCUCCUCCAUCAUGGCCCAGUGAUCCCUGCCUCAGGGGGCAACAAGGCUGGGUGAGGAAUGAUAGAUUUGGCUUGAUGAUGGGGCCUGUCCUAGAAAGUCACACAACCUGACCAUAGCCCAGCCAUGGUUCUCCUGGUCCCAAGAGAGUACAGGUCCCUGAUAUCUUUCCUCUGUCCCUGGAGUGGGGCCAGAGGAGGUGCUUAACCUAUCACUCAGGGUUCUUAAGGUUUUUCCCAUCCUUUAGGCACUUGGGAAAAUGCUGGGACUCCCUGCACAGAAAUAACAGCCAGGCUUCCCUUGCUGUGUGUGUGAAGACAGGGCUAGGCAGGCCCCAGCAGAGGCAGUAGAACAUAUUUUAAUUUUGGUUUGAGAAGAGAACCCAGGAGAGUAAGGGUGGUCCUAAGAGAAAGAAGAGCAGAGUUAGUAAGUAAGGGAGUGAAGCCAAGACAGAGAAGAGUGUGGUUGGGGAUCAGAGCAGCUUUUCAGGGUCACCCCACAGCCUAGAAUGAAGCAGUGCCUCAGUAAGUGAGAGAGCCAGGGUGAAGCAUGUGAGAGAUUGGAAUGUGAUCCAAACUGGAGGCAAACCUCUUGAUUAAACCCAAGGUGUUUUGUGCUUUUGAAGUUGCCUGAGUCUCCUGCAGCACGGGCCUCCCUGGAGGGGCCUCUGUCCUGCCCUUCCCUAGUUCUAUCCUGAUGCCAGUGGUGGUCUUCUGCCCGCUCCUUCUGGAUCUGUCUAAGGAACAUAUGUUCCUCCAAACUUCAUUGGUUCCUGCCCUCCUGGGUUAACCUACUUUUGUAUUCCUGUCUCCCACCAGGGGACCUAUUGUGCUGUCUUCCUGUGACCAGGAGACCCUGCAGUAAGCUCAACCCUGGGGGCCUUUGCAGCAAGAAGAUAACAUCUCUUUUUUUGAACAAGACGGCCAGUAUCCUAAGAGAAGAAUGGGAAUGACAGGUUCAGCCAGGGCAGGCUGUGCCUCAGGUCCCUUCCUACCAUUCCUGGGCCCUCCCCUUUUCUGUUCAUUGGCUUCUCACCCAUGAACUCUGGGAUACCUAGGCCUGGCUUCCCAGUUGAUUAUCAGUAAGCCCCUGUUCCUCUUCCCACCAUCAUAUGAAACAUCCAUGUGAACUCCUACAGAACUGGAAGCUUCAGUGGAAUCGCUGGCAUGUGGGCGCAUUCUUGUUUCUGCAACUGUAUAGCCUUGUCUCCACCCUUGCAUACCUUCUUCUUCUGCCUUCUGUUGCCCCGGAAAGCAAGUCUUUGCAACAUACUCCCUGAAAAGUCUUGUUCCUUCUGUGCUCAUGAGGGUCCAUGCAGCCGAGUACCUGCAAGGCCAUGGUGGGGUAGGCAGGACUGUUAGCACAUGUGUAGACCCUGCCUUACUCUAAGAACACCUUCAAAGUCAGAAAUCCUCAGGACUAGCAUUUGGUGUCCUGUAAGUUUUCCUAAAAUGGUUCAGAGCAUCACCUAAAACAGAACUGGGAAUGUGAGAGUGGAGACUCUAAAAGCAUAUCAGGGAGUGAGACCAGUUUCAUCUGAGCUCUCUGUACUAGGCAGAAACUUGGUUUGCCCCUUUGACAGGAAACUCAACAAGUGCCUACACUCUGGGCCUGCUGCCCUCCAGGGAUCAGGUAAUGUGGUAACUCUAGUACAAACAGUUCCAGCCCCCACUUGUCUCUAUUUCAUACCCAGGCUGCUGCUGGAAUCCUGGUCCUCAGACCCAGGAUUACCUAAGGAAUCCCACCAGGUUGUCCCAGGGUGACCCCAGAGUUCUUCAAAUUCAUGUCUGAUGCUGAGUAAGGUGCCCUGGGACCCUGUGCCAACCUCUAGCUACCUACGACUCAGCUAUUUCCCUGCUGUAGGGGUGACACUGUUACCUAGGAGGCCCUCAGGGCUUGAACCUUGUGUUAGAUGCUGUUGCUCCAGGCUAAGUGUUAUCUAGGACCAAUAGGAACAAUUUACUACUAAUUCUGCUGAGGGCUUUGUCUCUGGCCAACUCUCCCAUUCACAGUCCCACCUGGUUUCUUUGUCCAUCUCCAGUCUCACCUUCCUGGAUUACAGCAUGGCAACCAUACUCCCAUAAAUCUCUCCAAGUGAGUCCAGUGGAGCUUGGCUUAGGGCAGCCCAUUCCAUGUGAGGGGAGGGUAAUGAGGGGGUAUCUUCUAUAUCUGCAUAAGGAAGUUGGAACCUAGGAAACUUUUCUCUCCCCAUUUCUCCUCAGUUCUGUCUCUGACUCCAUCCUGAUCACAAAUGAGCUUCCAAAGAGAAACAUCUCUGCACAAAGAGAAACAUCUCUGAUUGUUAUGUUUGUGGAUGAUAUGAAGAUGCAUGUUCAUAGCCCAUCAGCUUUGAAAAAAAUUUUGGCCCUAAUUUGGAAGAGGAAGAAGAUUACAGAUCUUAUUCUGAGUAUUUUUUAGAGACUUCGUGUUUAUAUUUUUAGAAAUUUUUCUGGUAGAAGGAAAUUGCACAAUAAAAGGAUUCAGUUUGG